CACGCCGGCCGGGCCAUGGCGGAGCGCGGAGGGGCGGGCGGUGGUCCCGGCGGCGCUGGGGGCGGCGGCCAGCGGGGCUCUGGGGUCGCCCAGUCCCCGCAGCAGCCAUCGACGCCGCAGCAGCAGCCGCCGCAGCAGCCGACGCCCCCCAAACUGGCCCAGGCCACCACGUCGUCCUCGUCCACCUCGGCGGCGGCCGCCUCCUCCUCGUCCUCGUCCACCUCCACCUCCAUGGCCGUCGCUGUGGCCUCGGGCUCCGCGCCUCCCGGCGGCCCGGGGCCAGGCCGCACUCCCGCCCCAGUGCAGAUGAACCUGUACGCCACCUGGGAAGUGGACCGGAGCUCGGCCAGCUGCGUGCCCAGGCUGUUCAGCUUGACCCUGAAGAAGCUCGUCAUGCUCAAAGAAAUGGACAAAGAUCUUAACUCGGUGGUCAUCGCUGUGAAGCUGCAGGGUUCAAAAAGAAUUCUCCGCUCCAACGAGAUCAUCCUUCCAACUAGUGGACUGGUGGAAACAGAGCUCCAGCUAACCUUCUCCCUUCAGUACCCUCAUUUCCUCAAGCGAGAUGCCAACAAGCUGCAGAUCAUGCUGCAAAGAAGAAAGCGGUAUAAGAACCGGACCAUCCUGGGCUAUAAGACCCUGGCCGUGGGACUCAUCAACAUGGCGGAGGUGAUGCAGCACCCCAACGAGGGUGCCCUGGUGCUUGGCCUGCACAGCAAUGUGAAGGAUGUCUCCGUGCCUGUGGCAGAAAUAAAGAUCUACUCCCUCUCCAGCCAGCCGAUCGACCAUGAAGGAAUCAAAUCAAAGCUGUCUGAUCGUUCUCCGGAUAUUGACAACUAUUCUGAGGAGGAGGAGGAGAGCUUCUCAUCGGAACAGGAAGGCAGCGAUGACCCAUUGCACGGGCAGGACCUGUUCUAUGAAGAUGAGGAUCUCCGGAAAGUAAAGAAGACGCGGAGGAAACUAACCUCAACCUCUGCCAUCACAAGGCAACCUAACAUCAAACAGAAAUUUGUGGCCCUCCUGAAGCGGUUCAAAGUCUCAGAUGAGGUGGGCUUUGGGCUGGAGCACGUAUCCCGGGAGCAGAUCCGGGAGGUAGAAGAGGACCUGGAUGAGCUGUACGAUAGUCUGGAGAUGUACAACCCCAGUGACAGCGGCCCUGAAAUGGAGGAGACCGAGAGCAUCCUGAGCACGCCGAAGCCCAAGCUUAAGCCCUUCUUUGAGGGAAUGUCGCAGUCCAGCUCACAGACGGAGAUCGGCAGCCUCAACAGCAAGGGCAGCCUUGGAAAAGAUACCACCAGCCCUAUGGAAUUGGCCGCUCUAGAAAAAGUCAAAUCUACUUGGAUUAAAAACCCCGAUGACAGCGUGACUGAAACAGACACUCUGGAGAUCACUGACCAGGACAUGUUUGGAGAUAUAAGCACCAGUCUGGUUGUGCCAGAGAAAGUCAAAACCCCCCUGAAGUCCAGCAAGCCCGACCUCCAGGGCUCGGCCUCCCCCAGCAAAGCAGAUGUGGUGCACACACCCCGACAGAAGAGGAGCACGCCGCUGAAAGAGAGGCAGCUCUCUAAGCCCCUGAGUGAGAGGACCAACAGCUCCGACAGUGAGCGCUCCCCUGACCUGGGCCACAGCACACAGAUUCCAAGGAAAGUGGUGUAUGACCAGCUGAAUCAAAUCCUGGUGUCAGAUGCCGCCCUCCCAGAGAACGUCAUCCUCGUGAACACUGCUGACUGGCAGGGCCAGUAUGUGGCGGAGCUGCUUCAGGACCAGCGGAAGCCUGUUGUGUGCACCUGCUCUACCGUGGAGGUCCAAGCCGUGCUCUCUGCCCUGCUCACCCGCAUCCAGCGCUACUGCAACUGCAACUCCUCCAUGCCACGGCCGGUGAAGGUGGCCGCAGUGGGAGGCCAGAGCUACCUGAGCGCCAUCCUCCGGUUCUUUGUCAAGUCGCUGGCCAGCAAGACCUCCGACUGGCUCAGCUACAUGCGCUUUCUCAUCGUCCCCCUGGGUUCUCACCCUGUGGCCAAGUACCUGGGCUCAGUCGACAGUAGAUACAGCAGCACCUUCCUUGAUGCUGGCUGGAGAGACCUGUUCAGUCGCUCAGAGCCGCCUGUGACAGCUCCUGGCUUGUCUGCAGAGCAACUAGACGUGGUGGGGCGGGUGAUGCAGUACGUCAAUGGAGCGAGCGUGACACACCAGCUUCCUGUGGCCGAAGCCAUGCUGACCUGCAGGCAUAAGUUCCCUGAUGAAGACUCAUAUCAGAAGUUUAUCCCCUUCAUUGGCGUGGUGAAGGUAGGCCUGGUAGAAGACUCUCCUUCAACAACAGGCGAUGGGGAUGACUCACCUAUGGUCAGCCUGACUGUGCCCUCCACGUCACCACCCUCCAGCUCAGGCCUGAGCCGAGAUGCCACAGCCACCCCUCCCUCCUCCCCGUCCAUGAGCAGUGCCCUCGCCGUCAUGGGGAGCCCCAACAGCCCGUAUGGGGAUGUCAUUGGCCUCCAGGUGGACUACUGGCUGGGCCACCCCAGCGAACGGAGGCGGGAUGGUGACAAGAGGGACGCCAGCUCCAAAAACACCCUCAAGAGUGUCUUCCGCUCAGUGCAAGUGUCCCGCCUGCCCCAUGGUGGCGAGGCCCAGCUUUCUGGCACCAUGGCCAUGACUGUGGUCACGAAAGAGAAGAACAAGAAAGUUCCCACCAUCUUCCUGAGCAAGAAGCCUCGCGAGAAGGAGGUGGACUCUAAGAGCCAGGUCAUCGAGGGCAUCAGCCGCCUCAUCUGCUCUGCCAAGCAGCAGCAGACCAUGCUGAGAGUGUCCAUCGAUGGAGUUGAGUGGAGUGACAUCAAGUUCUUCCAGCUGGCCGCGCAGUGGCCCACCCACGUCAAGCACUUUCCAGUGGGACUGUUCAGUGGCAGCAAGGCCACUUGAGGGCACUGUGUCCUGGCCACUCACCCUUCUGGCACUGCCACCAGCCUCACCGCCUGCGGGCAGGGGUAGGCGCAGGCUGAGCCCCAGCAUCCCUUUCCUGGCACUGGGGCCUGCAUUUCAUUCGCCCGUCCUGAAGGACACUGCCACUGGGGACGCUGCUCACCCCCAUGCCCGUCCCAGCCCGCAGCCCUCUCCUCACCCCCUCUCUCCUCUCACUCCUGCUCCAGGCCCAGGGUAGGUCCAGGCCCAGGGCAGGCUGGUUUUGCCUUCUGGCUCUUGUCAGUCCCUGGAGUUGAGUCCUGGGGCACCUUCCAUUCUCUUUCUGUUCCCGCCCUUCCCCCACGUGGCACCAGCGGCCUCCUGGCAGUAGGAAAGCUGGCCUCCUGGGCCACAGCAGGCGAGUCCCCGCCUACCCUCCAGUCCCCAGGGUCACUUGGCUUCCUAAGGCCCAGCUGCUGCUGCUCCUGCCUCCCUCACAGGGUCCCCUGGGCAAUGAGCAGCUGUCAGCCGAGGGCUAGGGCCACCUUCCACCCCCUGUGGGGACACUCCAGGGUUGGGACCACUUCCUACCCCCUGUGGGGACACCCCAGCUGGCCCCACAGCUGGCCAGAGAAAAGAAGAAGGACACCCCCCACACACAGCUUGGGGCAGGAGGCAGCUCCCACCCAGCCUCAUCCCAGGGCGACAUUUCUGUGGUGACGAGAGCGCUUCUGGGACAGAGGGGCCUGCCUGACUCCCACUGCGUACGACCAUCUUUCCACCCUCAGGUCACCUGUAAAUGUAAUGUGUGUCCCUGAGUUUUAGGUUCUCUGCACGGCCGAUCUCUUGGUUGUCUUGGUUGUUCCGUGUAACUCACCUUGUCCUGUGGCUUUCUCCCUUGUUGAUAAUCCUCCCCCUCCUCCGCCCCUUUGCCCAGCACAGCUCUGCGUGUUCCUGCAGCUCUGGACUGGGAGAUGGAAGCAGACCCCCCAUGCACUUUGUGCCCCCCGGCACCAGCCUAUUAUCUUCCUUGGCCCCUGUGUCAACGUGUCUCCCUUCCCUGACGUGUUCUCCCACCUCCUCAUCCCAUGGGCCCCUGGCCCGAGGAGGGGUUUCCCUCUGGGUCACACCCUGGCAGGGACCCUAUCCUCCCGGCUGGCUUCUCUCCAGCAGAGCCCAGUGCCUCCCUCACCAAGGGCUCAGGUUGAGCUCCGUCUCAGCUUCCACUGUCAGUGGAGACAGGAACAGUCUAGAUCCCAGCCCUGGCCCCCAGCCCCACCAACAUCUCCAGAGCUUUCCUGGUGCCCUCACUCCUUCCAGAAGGUUUUGCACAGAACUCCAUUUUGAAAGGUGUUUUCUCAUUCUCCAUACCUCCCGGCUCUGUCCUCAGCCUGUCCCUGGCUCCGCCCUGCUGUCCAGAAUGGCCCCUGGGCUCUGCUGCUCUCUGGGGGCUGGAGGGGGGGCCGGGUUGAUGUUGGAUUUUUCAUUCAAUAAACUGGUGUUUUCUUACCAACUGCCUUGGCCCUCUGUGCUGCUCACU